UGGUGCCCGGUCCGGCCCUCCAACACCCAGAGGUUGGAUGGAGGGAAAGAUUGCGUGAGAUGGGAUCGCUGUCCCAUCGCAGAGACGACGGGACUGUAAUGGGUGAUGGAAGAAGGCGACGUGGAGAGUCCUUCGGCCAAACAGAGGACACCGUAACCUCUGAAACAAGUAGCAGCACUGACGUAGACGAUCGCGGCUCAGCGCAGAAACGGUGCUCCAGCGAAUCCGACCGGCCGUUCUUCUGUGGGGAGUGCGGCAAGCAGUUCCGUCGCGCGUCCACCCUAUCCACCCACCUGCUCAUCCACUCGGACACCCGGCCCUACCCGUGCCACUUCUGCGGAAAGCGCCUCCACCAAAAGUCCGACAGGAAGAAGCACACCUUCAUCCACACCGGUGAGAAGCCCCAUCUGUGCCAGAUCUGCGGGAAAGCGUUCUCCCAGUCAUCUAACCUGCUCACGCACACUCGGAAACACAGCACGAUGAGGCCGGUCCCCUGCCCGCACUGCUGGCGUACCUUCCUGCGAAAGACGGAUCUUCAGAGACACGAGGAGACCCACCGACACCCUCCGCGACCGCCGGACGGCAAAGGGUCCAGCGCGCUGACUCCAAAGGACGAGACUUCAACCAGCCUAGCAGAAGAAACUACUCGGGAAGCAGGAGUACAUAAUCAGUCACUGGUGUAG